CACCGGCAAUCCGCGUGACAGCACGCAGAGAGUGGACACACAACAGUGCAGUUGAUGGCAACCAAGACUUGUCCUGAUAUACUGAUACGAUGGUAAACACCUGUGUUUUGGUGUUUAACUAAAGUUCCAAAAGAUGAUGUUUCAAAAGUUGUGUUCACUGGCCGUGCCAUGGAGAAGCACUUCUGCUCUAGUUCAGAAGGUUUAUAGAAAGCACCAGGUGCAAUUGAGAUUACUGGACCUCAUUAGUAGAUCCAUCAGCACCAGCUGGAGAACCAGGAAGGAUGGAGCAGAAAACGAUCCUGCUGAAAAGCUUGACUUGGAUAUUUGGAAGUCUGUGAUGAAAUCCCAAGCCGUGCAUGAGGAGAGAAAAGGUGAGGACAAUUUGACCCCAAACCCCAAAGCAGAGCCAUCUCUUCUGGAGGCUAACCGAGAGCUGGUUGAGAUGUGGCAUCAAGCAGGGAAGUUUGUCCCGAAGAACAUCACGGAUGAACAGCUGGAAGUUCUCUCUGGCUUGACCACAAAGUCUGCAAAGAAGAAGUUCUUGAAGUAUCUGGCCAUCAAGGAAGGACACAAGAUGUCCAAGAAGGAGAAGCAGGAAAAGAAGAAGUCUGAGCGGAAUCUGGAAGCAGACGGGGAAUCGGAAAGAGAUGAAGGAGAUUCGUUGAAGAACACGUUUGUGUUGAAGUUCUGGAGUCGAUCCAUGGAUAAGGUCCUGAACUGGCGGGCGGCGCAGGCCAUGCGCUUCGGUCAACCACUGGUGUACGAUAUGAGCUAUGAGCAGCAUAUGUCGCAACGAGAGAUUGAAAACACCGUUUCGCAGUUGCUGGAGACCGAAGGCUGGAACCGACGCUUCGUCGACCCGUUUCACCUGCACUUCUGCAACCUGCAGCCCGAUGGGGCAUAUUACCGCGAGCUCCUCAAACGCUACGGGACUGAGACCUGGGAACGCCUGCUGAUCACGACCACCGCUAGCCAACACGUGGACGUGUUUCCUCCUGAAAGCCUCGUCUACCUCACGGCCGAUUCACCAAACGUGCUGCGCAAGUUUGAUCACAGUAAGGUGUAUGUAGUGGGUGCGAUGGUGGACCGCUCCAUACAUUCAGGCGUUUCAUUGGCCAAUGCAAAACGCCUCAGUCUCGCCACAGCCCGCCUUCCUCUCGAUGAAUACCUGGACUGGGACUCUGGUGCGAAGAAUCUGACACUGGAUCAGAUGAUCCGCAUAUUGACCACGGUAAAAGAGACAGGAAGUUGGCAGAAAGCACUCGAGUUUGUGCCAAAAAGGAAACACAGUGGUUUUCACCAGCAGAGAGACUUCAGAACCGGAACCAAAUCCAGGACGCUCACAGACAGAGAGGAAAACUGGGAGAGAGAAAGAGACCGAAUCUUUGUGAGUAAACGCAGAACUCCGAAGAGUCAUUUUGUCCGUCAGGAAUCGGAGAUCUGUUUGCCCAGCAGAAUUCAGACAGCGCUGAAAAUCAAAUCAGACAGACACAAUAAAGGCCAAGAUCGGAGGAACUCAUGGGAGGACGAAUAAUACUGUGUUUUACAUCAUUGAUACUGUAAACAAUAAUUGCUAUUUUCAUUGUAUUCAAUAUAAAUAUAUAAUGUGCACAGUUGCCUGUUUUAAAGUUUUUCCAAAAAUGAACAAGUGCUUUGAAAUCUGCAGACAAAUCAGAAUUGUUCCGUUUUUAUAAUUUAUAAACAAUUUGCACUGUACAUAUUACUGCAAUCAGUAAAAACAUCAAACUGAUCAAAUAGUCAUGUGUCAUAUGUUGUUGGAAAUCUCUCAAAGAGUAGAAUACAACCAGAAAAUUAUAGCGAGUAAUAGCUAAGUAUCUGUCUUUGACAAUUAUGUUGGUGUUGCUUAUAUGCUGUGUUUUCGCUUAUAACUUAACAAAAAAUAAACUAAUAUCACAUACCAAUAUUUAGAGGAGGUGAUUAUCUUUCAAACAAGUCCACACACAAGGUAAUCAGAUGUAUAGAUCAUUAGAUAAUCCACAUGAAGCACAAUGUUACAUAUGACCACCAGGAGAUGGCGCCAAAUACAUGACACAGACUCAAUGAUGACUCAAAUGACACAGAAUGAAACUCAUUCUGUGAAAUCUCAUUACUAAAAUCAUGUCUGCAUGCUAUGCAAACCUUUAGUCAUUGUUGUGUUUGCAUGUGUAAUUAGUUCUUAUGUACAAUUAUUAUGUUUUAUUUGUUUGGAGAGGCUUUUUGACACUAUGAUAAAUUAUUUUUGUAAUGCUAUAACUUUUGAUUGCUUUGUUGAAUCAACACAAUUUUUCUCAGAUACAGUUGACAUGAUUGGGAACAAAACAAAAGCAGUUUUUCAGAGCCACCUUAUUUACACCCAGAAAUAUAUAAUGUCAAAUAAGAAAAAUACGAUUUUUUUUAAAGACAAUUUUUUGUGCGAUUUUUCAGCAGUAUCUUAGGCUGAGAGUCUCAGAAUGUCUCAUAAUCUAUAUUAUUAAAAAAUGUGAAAAGUUUUCUUUACAAUGAUACCAAACAUUUAACAACCCUCCUUGUUUUUUUUGUUUCUCUUGUCGAGUUUUAAGCUUUUAAUUGUAGGUAUGCUACUGAAACAUAAACCUUUAAAAACAGCUUCAGAGCUUAAAGGGUUAAACUAGCAGGUCUUUCAUUUGCUUUUUGUCUCACAGAAUCACUGGCUGUAUAACAUUCAUUAUUCGCUAAAUGACAAUUAAGCUUCUUACAAAUUACUGACUUCUGUGGAGCACAAAAAGAGAUGUUAUGCAGAAUGUUCACGCUGAUUUUCAGUGAGUAACGACUUAAAUUCAUAUUAAUUCAUAUUCAAUAAUUAAAUUCAUCACACAAAAUUAUCAAAUUAUUUCAGAAGAGUCAUAUGGGUCACUUAAAAGAUACGUACAUUAUGGGGGGGGCAAUCUCUGGAAAAGAGCAGCAUGAACAUACUGCCGAACAUCUCCUUUUGUGUUUCACAGAAGAAAAAAGGUUGGAUAUAGAAUAACAUGAGGGUGAGUAAAUGAUGACAGAAUUUGUAUUUGUUAGUGAACUA